AUGGCAUUGAGGAACCACAGCACCAUCACAGAGUUCUUCCUCCUCGGGCUAUCAGCCAACCACCAUAUCGAGGCUUUCCUCUUCGUGCUCUUCCUGGUGAUUUACCUUCUGACCAUAAUGGGAAACCUCAUGAUGCUGCUGGUGAUUAGGGCUGAUUUCCGCCUCCACACUCCUAUGUACUUCUUCUUGAGUCACCUCUGUUUCAUUGAUCUGUGCUUUUCUUCAGUCACUGUGCCCAAAAUGCUGGAGAAUCUCCUGUCUCAGAAGAAAACCAUAUCAGUUGAGGGCUGCCUGACUCAGGUCUUCUUUGUGUUUAUCACUGGAGGAACAGAACUCCUUCUGCUCUGUGCCAUGGCCUAUGAUCGCUAUGCUGCCAUCUGCCACCCUCUGCUCUAUGGACAGAUCAUGAGUAAACAGCUGUAUAUGCAGCUUGUGUGGGGUUCCUGGGGACUGAGCUUUCUGGAUGCUCUCAUCAAUAUCCUGCUAGCUAUGAACAUGGUAUUCUGUGAGGCCCAAAUCAUCCACCAUUUCAUCUGUGAGAUGCCCUCUAUCCUCCCUCUGUCCUGCUCUGAUGUCUCCAGGAACAUCACUGUCUUGCUUUGCUCCACUCUCCUGCAUGGGCUGGUAAGCUUCCUUUUGGUUUUCAUCUCAUAUGCCCGCAUUAUCUGCACCAUCCUGAGCAUUAGCUCUACCUCAGGCAGAAGCAAGGUCUUCUCCACCUGUUCCUCCCACCUCACAGCAGUGACACUUUACUAUGGCUCAGGUGUGCUCCGUCAUCUUAUGCCAAACUCAGGUUCCCUCAUGGAGUUGAUGUUCUCUGUGCAGUACAGUGUGAUCACUCCCAUGCUGAAUCCUCUCAUCUACAGCCUAAAGAACAAGGAGGUGAAGGCAGCUGUGAGAAGAACUUUGAAGAAGUAUUUGCUACAUAUCAGGUCCUGA